CAACAACACAAGCAUCAUACACCAUGUCGGCACCCCGCGACGGCAACAAGAAGCGCAAGCGCUCCUCCAAGGCCGCCGAGGCCGCGAACGAGGCGGCGCAGUCUCCCGCGCCCGAGGUUGAGGCCGAGGCUGAGGGCUCCCCGGAGCCCUCCUCGUCCAAGGUCACGCUUGACGGUCCCGCCGCGAACGAGUAUGAGCGCGUGCCGUUCAACUCUCUUCCGCUGUCUCGGCAGACGCUGGACGCCGUGCAGCGCAUGGGCUUUGAGACCAUGACCGAGGUUCAAGCGCGCACGAUCCCGCCCCUCCUGGCCGGCAAGGACGUGCUCGGCGCCGCGCGCACUGGUUCCGGCAAGACGAUGGCGUUCCUCGUGCCGUCCGUCGAGAUGCUGCACACGCUGCGCUUUAAGCCGGCGAACGGGACGGGCGUGGUGAUUAUCUCGCCGACGCGUGAGCUGGCGCUCCAGAUCCUCGGCGUGGUCAAGGACCUCAUGGCGGGCCACUCGCAGACGUUCGGCAUCGUCAUGGGCGGCGCGAACCGCAAGGCCGAGGCCGACAAGCUCGUCAAGGGCGUCAACCUCCUCGUCGCCACUCCUGGGCGUCUGCUCGACCACCUCCAGAACACCAAGGGGUUCGUGUUCAAGAACCUCAAGGCGCUCGUCAUCGACGAGGCGGACCGUAUCCUCGAGGUCGGUUUCGAGGAGGAGAUGAAGCAGAUCAUCAAAAUCCUUCCCAAUGAAAACCGCCAGUCGAUGCUGUUCUCGGCCACGCAGACGACCAAGGUCACGGACCUUGCGCGUAUCUCACUCCGCCCCGGGCCGCUGUACAUCAACGUCGACCAGCAGAAGGACACGUCGACCGCCGAGUUCCUGGAGCAAGGUUACGUGGUGUGCGACAGCGACCAGCGCUUCCUCCUCCUCUUCACGUUCCUCAAGCGCAACUUGAAGAAGAAGGUGAUCGUCUUCUUCUCGAGCUGCAACUCGGUGUCCUACCACGCCGAGCUGCUCAACUACAUCGACGUGCCCGUCCUCGACCUGCACGGCAAACAGAAGCAGCAGAAGCGGACGAACACGUUCUUCGAGUUCUGCAACGCGCCCUCGGGCAUCCUGCUGUGCACGGAUGUGGCCGCGCGCGGCCUCGACAUUCCCAAGGUCGACUGGAUCAUCCAGUUCGACCCGCCCGACGACCCGCGCGACUACAUCCACCGCGUGGGCCGCACCGCGCGCGCCGGCAAGGCCGGCAAGUCCCUCCUCUUCCUCUUGCCCAGCGAGCUCGGCUUCCUCCGCUUCCUCAAGGUCGCAAAGGUCCCGCUGAACGAGUACCAGUUCCCGCAGCGCAAGGUCGUCGACGUGCAGCGCCAGCUCGAGAGCCUCAUCUCCAAGAACCACUAUCUCAACACGUCGGCCCGCGACGGAUACCGCUCCUACCUCCAGGCAUACGCGUCGUACUCGCUCAAGAAGAUCUUCGACGUCAACAAGCUCGACCUCGCAAAGGUCGGCAAGGCGUUCGGCUUCUCCGUGCCUCCCAAGGUCAACAUUUCUGUCGGCUCGAUCAAGCCUAAGAAGGUGGCCGACUCGGACGACGAGGACGCACCUGUCAAGGCGCACAAGGCCGACGACGGAGACGUCAAGAAGGCUUACUACCGCAACCGGGGCGACAAGGGUGGGCGCAAGCACAAGGGGAGGGCAUAGAUGUUGGGUCACACUUUGUUUGUAUUUAGAUGCAUCACAUUCUGGGUAAUG